AUGGCGCGCACGAAGCAGACCGCCCGGAAAGCCACCAACUGGCAGGCCCCCAGGAAGCCCCUGGCCACCAAAGCAGCCGCCAAAAGGGCGCCGCCUAGAGGAGGGAUCAAGAAGCCUCACCGCUACAAGCCGGGCACCCUGGCGCUGCGGGAAAUCAGAAAGUACCAGAAGUCCACGCAGCUGCUCCUGCGCAAGCUGCCUUUCCAGCGCCUGGUGCGCGAGAUCGCCCAGGCCAUCAGCCUGGACCUGCGCUUCCAGAGUGCAGCCAUUGGCGCCCUGCAGGAGGCCAGCGAGGCCUACCUGGUGAACCUCUUUGAAGACACCAACCUGUGUGCCAUCCAUGCCGGGCGCGUCACAAUUAUGCCUGGAGACAUGCAGCUGGCCCGCCGCAUCCGCGGAGAGGGUGCUUAA